AUGCUCUCCAAGCGUACUGUGGAGAACGCCUUCAUUGCCAUAGCCAUCGCGCUGUUGGCUGCCAACGCGGCCUUGAAGCUUGUCGCAAGAGCUACCAUUAGCCGUGUGGAGGGGCACGAGAACGAGAGCAACCACCCUCUAUGGAGCGUGGAGAGGGGGGACGUGUUACUUCAGCACGACAGCUGGACCCGCUACCACCUCGACGCAGCUCAACAAUGGGCCCCACUCUUCCCCGAAGGCGGCAUCAUCCACCUCGGCCCUGAGCAAACACCCUACACUGUGUCGAUGAUGCACCAGCUCCGCUGCCUCGACGUCCUGCGCGACCAGCUCAACCGUCCGAAGAGCGAGCGCUCCGAGCAGCCGGCGCGGCACUGCCUGAACUACAUCCGCCAGCAGCUAAUGUGCCGCGGGGACUUGCAGCUGGACCCGUACCAGUACCCCCACAAGGUCCGCGCGGUGCAUCCUCACGCCAUCAGGAAAUGCAAGGACUGGAGAGCUGUGUACGAGAAGGUCGAGGAGAACCAGAUGGAGUACGCGGCGUGGGUGGGGCGGCAGCUUAACGCAAGCUCGUCGUUGUCGUAG